CUCUACUUACUCUCUCCACAGCUAUGUCGCUUCAGUAGCUUAACGUAACGUGUCCUGAAGAAGCAAGUACGAAUUCUCAGUGACGCAAAUAAUCGAACACUUUGUCUGCGUGCGGUUUUGCUUUUGUGUUUUAUGAGAGAGGGAAGCGAUGGUGUCUUCCGAGAGGCGGUCGUUUUCGAGCUCGACAGGGUCCACGGCGGCGGGGCCGUCGUCGUCGCCUGAUUCCGGUUCUUAUUCGUCGUCGACGAGCGGUGGGGUUGGCGGGAGCGGCGGAGCGGAUCGGAUGGUGAAGGAGGAGCUCGAGGCGGCGGAGGCGCUGGCGGAUUUGGCACAUUUGGCUAUGCGCGAGAGUAGCGGCGCUGAAUCGGCAGGGCAUUGGGGGCAGAAAGGGAAGCGAGCGAGGAAGCGAGUCAAGAGCGAGUCUCCGCCGAGUCGGUCGGGUUUGAACCCGCUUGACCCGCCUCCCACAUGUCCGGAUCUUCUCCCUCAGGAUCAAGCGGUGACAGGUUUGCAGCAAUGUGAAACGGUAUGCACAAAUGUCCUUACAGAACCAGUGAAGACUGAGCAGGUUCUGAGUGAAAAGGUUGUGAAGGCUGAGCAUGAUACAGAAUUAAAUAAGCCAAAUCCUAUAUGCACUACAAUUUACCCAUCAUUUACUUGCAGCAAGUCAAGGCGGAAUUUAACUGAGGAGGAAAAGGAAGAGCGGAGGAUACGCAGAAUAAUGGCAAACCGAGAGUCAGCUAGGCAAACAAUUCGUCGACGGCAGGCUCUAUGUGAGGAGUUAACCAGAAAAGCUGCCGAUCUGGCAUUGGAGAAUGAAAAUCUGAAAAGGAAAAAGGAGUUAGCGGUAAAGGAGUUCCAGUCCUUGGAGAAAACAAAUAAGCACUUGAAAGUUCAGAUGGCUAAAGUGAUAAAGGCAGAGGAUCAGGAAGCGCCGGCCGAAAAUAUGUCAGCCUAUGUGCAGAUGCAGAUACCUCCAUCUUCGCCUACAAAUUCCCCAUUCUUCUUGUUUAAUCGCCCACCGUUUACACCACUUUUCUGGCCUCCUAUCAUUCAAUCCUCAAAUUCUAUUCAGGUGCAGCACGUACUACAAAAUCCAACAGCUGUUCUGUCAAACAUCUCAUUGCCGGCUAAUGGUACAGCUGAGUCUUCUCUUGAUCAAGAAAACCCCCCAAACAUCAAUGGAGCGAGAACUCCUUUAUAUGUAUUUCCGUGUCCUUGGUUCAUCCCUCAUUUUGAUAAUGGGAAUGGACUCCAACCCCAGUCCUCCUUGUGCCUGAAUAAUAAACAAGAAGAAACUUCUUUUAAUAACCAGUACAGCUCUAGUUCAUCUUCAAGAGCUGCUACGCAGUUAGACAACCACCAGCCGUCUCUCCCUGUCAGAUUAAAAACAGAAGAUUCCGCUUCAAUUGAAGGCAGACCUUCACAUGAUCUUAACGAGACCCCAGCUCAGUUUCCUCUGGAUGAAGGUGAUCAGCACACAGGACCUCACCCGAAGGAAAAUGGUUGUAAGGAAAUAUUCGUUUCUCCAUCAUCACUCAACCAUGCCGGAGUUGCUUCUUGUAUCAAGCAUGAGAACGGAUUUGAACCAGAUUACACUGUAACAGUCGACAACUCUUAUCACAAGUUCUCUGCCUUGCCAGAGAAGAACAGCGAACCAAUCGUCUACCCUACUGGGAAACUUGCGGAUGCGAUUGCUGCAGCUGAAGCGAGAAAGAGGAGGAAAAAACUCACGAAGCUGAAGAACCUUCAUGGCCGGCAGUGUCGAACACAGUGCUGAGCUUGGAUGUACACUCUCCUAGUCUUCAUGCGGGUCCUUUAAAUUUAGGGGGACCCCUUGGAGAUUCGAGUCUAGAGCACAUCACCUAACUUUAAUUAUACGGAAAGUUGCCGAGGUUGACAUGAAAAGAUGUGGCCUGUAACUUAGGUACAUCUUGAAGGCUUUUGCUUGUAUUUUACAUGUUGUUUACGUAAAUCGAAUGGUUUGAGCAUGAGAUGUUGGUUCAACCAGCUCCGCCAUCCUUGCUGUAGUUCUGUUUGAACUCUCUGUAACAUGUACACUAAUAAAUACCCGGAUCCUUGAUUCUUUUUCA